AUGGAACACCCAUACCUCCUCAUCGCCCCCAUCUCCGUUGUGCUUUACGCAUGGUUAAGGAGACGCUCAAAGAUAUCCGAGAAGCAUCUACCUCCUCUAAUCCCGAUAUCACCUGAGGAUAUAUUUUCCAAACCUCGUGAAGCAUACGGUGCUGCGCUGCAGGAGCACGGACCAGUCAUCGCAGUGAAGCGCAAAGGCAAUCUCGAAUAUAUCGUUGGGCCCGAGUAUGCCCGCCAUGUUCUCACAUGCGAUCGUUUAUUCAGCUUUGAACAAGGUUCUGCGGCGAUCAUGAAUUUGCAGCCGAUCAUGGCAUUGACCGGGGGGGCGCUGUUUCGUGACCUCAAUGACUUUGUCAGGGAGGGAAUCAUUGCUCGUAUAGAUGAGAUCGUGCACCGUAUUUACCCGAUCUAUGACCGUGAUGGAAAGGCAUUCAUCGACCUUGUCAAACAAGCACCUGACCUUGGUAGUAAGAGCCAGCUAGACUCCUUCCAGCACUCGAGAGAUACAAUUGCCGAAACGACAUUGAUUCUACUACUCGGUCAAGAAUAUGUGAGCAGGCGCAACAUGCAGAUCAUCGAGGACGUUUCAAAUGGGAUGGCCGAGCUUACUGGACAGUUCCAGAACCUUUCAUUUAUUGGCAAAUACCUGCCUUGGAUAUGGGUGUUCCUGACAUGGGCCAAUGUGAUCCUCAUCAAGAUCCCUUUUGGCUUCCUGCGGUUGUUGGGACCCCAAAUAUGGGCAGACGUCAGCCGUUAUGAAGCUAUGGCAACCUCCGGCGUUUUACCGAAAAGCGAGAAACGUCUUGUAUCUCAUCGUCAAGACGUACAAGCCGUCAGAAGGACGAAGAAUCGGCAUUUUUCGCCGCAUUUAUAUUGCAAUCUUAUUAUUAUGCCUCAUUUUCGCAUCGGUCCAUACCACGUAGGCAUCCGUUCCGCUUUAUCGCAAUGUGGAGAGUACUUAGGUCCUCUCCGUUCCAGCACCGUGGUAUCUCAGUGGGUUCUCUUCCAGCUCGCCGUCCGCCCGGAGUAUCUUGAACCACUUCGCGAAGAGCUGCUUCGAAUUCGUGAAGAGGACGAGACGGGCACGCUCCGUCUCACCGCUGCAUCUUUGCGUGAAGCCCGCCUCCUAGACUCCUUCGUCCGCGAGGUCAUGCGCCUCAAGGGAGAUACCAUCUCCACAAUGAGAUACACGACGUGUGAUGCACCGCUAGGCGAAUACAUUAUCCCCAAAGGCUCAUUUGUCACACCGAUGUCAUGCACCGUGCAUGAGAACCCUGAGGUCUUCGGCGUGGAGUCCACGGAGUUCAGGGGAUUCCAGUGGGCGGAACGGAGCAAAGAUGCGGCUAUGACGGGCUCGGCCCAUAUCGUCUUCGGUCUCGGCAGAUUCGCGUGUCCUGGACGAGUGCUUGCAGUGAAUGAAAUCAAACUCAUCGUCUUAUGCCUCAUUGGAAGAGCUACUCCCAGCCUCCUGGAAGGGCGGUUUGAGGUAACAGAUCCUUUGAACACCGUAACACAGCCUCCAAAAGGCACGCUUGUCUUCACACCCUUGGAGAAACCCAUCCUCUAA